GAGAAAAUGGCGUCUGAAAACACUCCUGAAACCCAAGAGGAGACAGCCUCUCUGAUAGAGAAGCUUCCAGAGCAGGAUGGACAGGAGGACUGUUCCACAGUGGCCGAGCAAAGGGAGUCCAAGCUCACUCUGUACCACUGGACCCAGUCCUUCAACUCUCAGAAGGUGCGUCUGGCCAUCGCAGAGAAGGGUCUACGCUGUGAGGAGUACGAUGUGAGUCUGCCGCUCAGCGAGCACAACGAGCCGUGGUUCAUGCACCUGAACCCGACCGGAGAGGUGCCGGUGCUCGCGCACAAAGACAACGUCCUCUGUGACCCGACGCACAUCAUGGACUACCUGGAGCACACCUUUACUGACGGAAGCACCCCCCGGCUGAUCCCUGAGGAGGGCAGUGCGUACUUCAUCAGGGUGCAGCACUACAGGGAGCUGCUGGACUCCCUGCAGAUGGAUGCCUACACCCACGGCUGCAUCCUCCACCCGGAGAUCACCGUGGACUCACACAUACCGGCCUACGCUGCCACGUGCAUACGAACACAGAUUGGGAACACUCAGUCUGAGCUGAAGAAACUGGCGGAGCAGAACCCGGACCUCAAAGACGCUUACGUAGCAAAACAAAGGCGCAUAAAAUCGAAGCUGUUGGACCAUGACAACAUGAAGUACCUGAAGAAGCUUCUGGACGAGCUGGAGGGGGUGAUGGACCAGGUGGAGACGGAGCUGCAGAGACGGGUGGAGGAGACGCCAGAGGAAGGCGGUCCAUCGUGGCUGUGCGGAGACUUCUUCAGCAUGGCUGACGUCUCUCUGGCGGUCACCCUGCACCGCCUCAAGUUCCUGGGUCUGUCCCGGCGGUUUUGGGGCAGCGGGACCCGGGGGAACCUGGAGACGUACUACGAGCGGGUGGUGCAGCGCCCGGCUUUCAGGAGGGUGCUCGGCCACGUCAACAACAUCCUGAUCUCCGCCGUGCUUCCCGUGGCGUUCCGCGUGGCGAGGAAGAAUGCUCCGGUGAUCCUCGGCACCACGCUGCUCAUCGGGGUCCUGGGAGGGGGGGCGUACCUUGCCUUCCUCUACAUGAAGAGGAGGCUGACGGUGUCCUUCUGAGGGGGAGAGAUGGAGCUGCUUGAGGGCUGGGAGGUAGAUAAACACAGGAACAUUACUCUGAAAUCAUGAUGGAAUGAUGUGAGGUUAAAGUCCAGAGAUGGAUGACAUCAUUCUGCAGACUUCAGCGAUAAGCGCUUAUUAAAACAAACUCUAAUUUCUUAUUUUCUGGGUUGCUGGCUGCACAAAAUGCACUUUUAGCAACCCUUACUGCUGCUUUACACACCAACAGGUCACCCUGGUAGAUUUCAGAUCACAUUCACAAUGUAUUUCUGUUUCUGCAGCUUCAAAACAACACAGCUUAUGCAAUGAAUGCUUUGUUAGAAGGUAUGAAUACAUUAAAUGAAGACAGAGGUUAAAAAAACCUGGUGUUGGAUCAAAUAUUUAACCUAAGGCAAGACUCAGAUAAAGGUUUCCAUCCCGUAGAGAUCAUGUGUCAAAAUGUCUGAUAAAAUAUGCUGAAGGGUCUCAUCUUAUAGGUUGGAUGUUUGUGUUUGUACAACUCAUAUCCUUAAACAAGGUAAGAUGGAUCUUCAUGUAUUCCUGAGGAGAGUUGCUGUGCAGCAGGUGCAGUACAAAGAAAGUGCAACUAUAAAUAUACAUAAACAUAUAUCAGAUUUUCAGUUUGUGUAUGUAAAAUGUCAAAUAAACCUCAACUAAAUUAAGUAAAUAUGUAUGAAUGUGAAGUGAAAGACAUAUAAAGACAAAAUCCACAUGAAUGUAAUGUUCCUCUCUGACAAAAAUUGAAAGACAUGUCCAUAGAUCUGGACUUUAAAUGUAAGCGAUGCAACCGUAGAAUAACUUCCUUAAUGUACUGAAAUAUCUCAGACAUGAUAAAGGCAUACUUGAUUUAUAUAUAGGAUGUGCUUUGUCAUUUACCAUUUAAUUCUUGUACAUUUCUUCUCGUUAGACAUUUCAAACGUACACUAAGAGACGGCUCUCUGAACUCUGCUCAGUAAAAUAUGCAUAAACGUUGGACAAACGCUCUGCAGGAUGUCCCUGAUGCCUCAUGUUUUACUGUUAGACUCUAUUUAACAAAAGCUGAGUGAAUGCUUUUCAAUCAAAUAAAACAUCUGUGUGAAAUCAAACUGCU